AUGCAUUUCUCCAACUCCAUGCUGUUGAUGACGGCGCUGACCGCUGGGUCGGCUGUCGCUCGUCUUCAUGGCCACGACCGCCGUCACGCCCACCCCAGAGAUGUCAACGUCGCAGUCCAGCCCGCUGUCACUGCUGCUGCCGAGGUUGCCAAUGUUGAUAAGCGUGGCGAGGAGGUCUUCGCUACCAUUGACGGCAAACUCGUCUCCUGGAUCAACAACUGGUUCGGCGACGAGACCUCGACUGCCUCCUCGGAGGCUGCUGAGGCCACCGAGUCUGUCGCUGCUGCCACUUCCACUGCUAUUUCCUCCGCCGAGGCCACCUCGACCGCCAGCGCCACCGCCGUUGCCUCCAGCUCCUCCAGCUCCAGCUCCUCCAGCUCUUCCUCCAGCUCCUCCAGCACCUCCAGCUCUUCUAGCUCUAGCAACUGGGCCAGCUACCCCUCCGAUGGCGUUUACUCCACCACCGGAUUCGGUGCCUCCACUGCCAGCAAGCGCGUUGGCACCCUCGACUGGGACUACAUCGGCAACGUCGGCAGCCCUUGGGGUAGCAACAUCAUCCGUGUCGAGGAGGACACUGCCAGCGAGUACAAGCACGUUAUCCGAUUCGAGAACGACAACGACAAUGCCUGGACCGUCACCAUGUGGAACUCGUACGGCCCCACCGGCGGUCUGAACGGUUUCUGGAGCCCCAACUCCGCUCUGACCUUCACCGUUGAGCCCGGCCACAGCACCUUCGUCGCCAUCGAUGACAACUCCCAGGGUGGUUGGGGUGCCGCCGAGGGCGAAGGUCUCCCUACCAACACCGUCGGCGAGUACGCCUCCACCUGGGGUGAAUUCGACAUGAGCAACACCCAGAACGACGGUUACUCCGGCUGGGAUGUCUCCUGCAUCAUCGCUGAGCUUGCUGAUCUCGAUAUUGCUGGUAUGCAGAUUUGCAACCACGAGGGUGCGAAGUGCUCCUCCAUCUCCAGCGGUGCCUCCAGCGUUGUCAGUGCCUACACAGCCGCCGACCAGGGCAAGACCGACAAGGCCAUUGCCCAGUCCGCUGGCCCCGUCCGUCUUGUUGUCAACCUGGGCUGGUCGUCUUAA